AUGUCUAAUGCUGUUGAAACUGAGGCUGUUCAAGUCAAUGGCGAUCUGGCACCGGGGAAGUCAAGAGAAACGAAGAAGCUGAAAAAGGAGACAGCGAAAGCAGCGAAGCUAGCAAAAUUUCGUGAGAAGGUGAAGAAGGUUGAAGUGAAAGCAUGUCAAUCAAAACACAUGAACGAGACAGCAGGAACAAAGAAGAGAGAGAUUUGUGAAUACACUGCUAAUACAAAACUAGGAGAUAAGAAGAAUACUGAUAUUGAAUUACCGAAUGCUUAUAGCCCAAAAUAUGUGGAGGCAGCUUGGUAUGAGUGGUGGCAGAAAUCAGGCUUUUUUCGGCCUGAGUAUAAACGUGAUUUAAGUAAGCCGAAUCCGAAGGGAAUUUUCACUGUAGCUAUUCCUCCACCGAAUGUCACCGGAACAUUGCAUUUGGGACACGCUUUGGCUACUUCCAUAGAAGAUGCUGUAUGUAGAUGGCAUCGUAUGAAAGGCAAGACAGUUUUGUUUAAUCCGGGCUGUGAUCAUGCUGGAAUCGCUACUCAAGUUGUAGUAGAAAAACGUUUGAAACGUGAAUUGGGCUUAACAAGGCAUGAUCUGGGUCGUGAGAAAUUUAUUGAAGAAGUGUGGAAGUGGAAAAAUGAAAAAGGGGAAGUAAUUUACGACCAGCUACGAAAAAUCGGUGCUGGGGUUGACUGGGAUCGAGCUUGCUUCAUGAUGGAUCCAAAAAUAACACGAGCUGUAACAUAUGCCUUUAUUGUAAUGCAUGAAAAAGGUAUAAUAUAUCGAAGUAAUCGGCUGGUAAAUUGGUGCUGCGUUCUAAGAUCUGCUAUUUCCGAUAUUGAAGUUGAAAAAGUGGAGUUAAGUGGACGUACAUUGCUGUCUGUUCCUGGGUAUUUAAAAAAAAUUGAAUUUGGUGUAUUGACAUCUUUUGCUUAUCCGAUUGAAAAUUCAGAUGACGAAGUCGUGGUGGCAACUACUCGAGUUGAAACGAUGUUGGGUGAUAGUGCAAUUGCUGUGCAUCCGAAAGACAACCGAUACAAACAUCUCGUUGGCAAGAAUUGCAUUCAUCCAUUUCUUCAAAGGAAACUUCCAAUCAUAGCAGAUUCUUUCGUGGACAUGGAAUUUGGAACGGGAGUAGUGAAAAUAACUCCUGCUCACGAUCAUAACGAUUAUGAAGUCGGAAUCCGUCACAAUUUAGCAUUCAUUUCUUGUCUCACAGAUGAUGGCAACAUGAACGAACAGUGUGGCCAAUUUAAGAACAUGAAACGAUUCGAAGCAAGGGACGCUGUUUUGGAUGCGCUCAAAAAGAAAGGUCUUUUCAGAGGACAAACUGACAAUCCAAUGGUUGUUCCUUUAUGCGGUCGUACCAAAGAUAUUAUUGAACCGAUUUUGAAAUCACAGUGGUAUGUAAAAUGUGAUCAGAUGGCACAGCGAGCUAUUGAGGCGGUAGAGAAAGGUCAUUUAAAAAUCAUACCAGAUUUUCACGUUGCAACUUGGCGGAAAUGGUUGGAAAACAUCAGAGAUUGGUGUAUUUCGCGACAGCUGUGGUGGGGUCACCGGAUACCUGCUUACUUUGUCAGUGUCAAUGACUCCAAAAUUCCUUCUGGAACUUCUGAUAACAAUGAUUAUUGGGUGAGUGCACAUAAUGAAACUGAAGCAUUGAAAAAAGCAGCUCGAAAGUUUGACGUUCCGGAAGAGAAAGUUUCUGUGAAAAGAGAUGAAGACGUUCUGGAUACUUGGUUUUCUUCCGGAAUGUGGCCAUUCGAAAUUUUUGGAUGGCCUGAAAAAACUGCUGAUUUGGAUAAAUUUUUUCCUGUUACACUUUUGGAAAGUGGGCAUGAUAUACUUUUUUUCUGGGUGGCACGGAUGGUGUUUAUGUCGCAAGAGCUUACUGGGAAGUUACCGUUCCAGGAAGUUUAUUUGCAUGCCAUGAUUCGAGAUGCUCAUGGACGUAAAAUGAGCAAAUCCUUAGGUAAUGUAAUCGAUCCUCUGAAUGUGAUACAUGGUAUAUCAUUGGCGGAGCUCAACAAAAUGUUGGAAUCUGGUAACCUUGAUCCGAAGGAAGUAAAAAGAGCGAAAGAAGGACAAGCACAUGAUUUUCCGAAUGGCAUUCCAGAAUGUGGUACUGAUGCAUUACGUUUUGCACUGAUGAAUUAUACCAUUCAAUGCCGAGAUAUUAAUCUUGAUGUGCUUCGUAUUCAGGGAUACAGGUUCUUUUGCAAUAAAAUCUGGCAAGCAUCAAGGUUUACACUGAUGCAAUUUCACAGCAAAUUCGCACCUGCGGAAAAAUUUGAUUUGCCAAAAGAGAGUAGUACUUUGGAUCGCUGGAUUAUGUCGCGAUUGUCUUAUGCUGUUGAAUUAUCUAAUAGUGGGAUGUCUAGCUAUCAAUUUAGUCGCGUCACGACUGCGCUAUAUAAUUUUUGGCAAUAUGAUUUUUGUGAUAUAUAUAUUGAAGGAUGUAAACCAAUACUUGCUAAUGGUGGGAAUUCUAAUGGUGCAGAAGUUGUACGAAAGGUGCUCUUUGAAUGUGUGGAAACAGGACUGCGACUACUGUCACCGUUCAUGCCUUUCAUUACUGAAGAGCUUUGGCAGCGAUUACCAUCACGUACAUCGAGAGAGCAAUCAGAAAGCAUCUGUGUUACAUCGUAUCCGGAAGUAGAACAGUAUGCAUUCCGAGAUGAAACACUGGAAAAUCGAGUAGCACGUGCAAUGCAUAUCGUGAAAACUGUUCGUUCCCUUCGCUCCGAUUAUGAACUAACAGCUAAAGUUAAGACUGAACUUUACAUCAGUUUCGAAAAUAACUCAGAAGUAAUGGAAAUGGAAGAUCUUAUACCGUUAAUAACUAUUUUGACUUCCUCCUCCAAGGUUUCCUUACUAACUGCGGAUAAUGCACAGCAGAUACCACGAGAUUCUGUGCAGCUUGUUGUUUCGGCAACUUGCACGAUUUCACUUUUGCUUGAGGGUAUAAUCGAUGUUCCCAAGGAAAUUACGAAACUAACGGACAAACAAGAGAAAUUGAUGGUUCAAUUGCAGAAAUUAGAAGAAACAAUGUCCAGUCCAGCCCAUAAUAAAGUGCCUUUUGGAAUACGUAGGAAUAAUAUAGAGAAGGCAGCGUCGCUGUUGGCGGAGUUAAAGCAUCUCAAUGAAGCCAUAAUCGCGCUCAAAAACUCACUAGCAUAA